UUGCAGGCAAUAGAGAAAGAUGAGCUUCACAUCUGGUCAUUCGAAAGUGGGGUUUUUUACAUUUUUAAUCACAACAAAAGAUUUUUAAUUUUAAGUAACGACUUUGCUAGUAAAGCUCUCUAAGCUAUUCAAUUAUUUUUAUCAAACGUUUUUAUAUACUUUAAAAUCAUGGUGGCAUCCGAGGAAAGUAAUGAAAAAGUUAACGAAAAUGUAACACCGAACCUUCCAGAGGAGGAACCCCUUCUGGAUGAAACUCCAGAAGUGACAGAUGUUCCGAAUGGAAAAGGACCUCUCGAAGGGGAGAAUGGAAACAUCAAACCAGACAACGGGGUUGGAACUCCCCACGCAAAGGUUAGAAGACUCAGUGAUAUCGCUUUGGAACUGCAAGGAUCGGACGAGAUAUCCUGUGGAAUAUGGUGCUUAAAGGGUUCCUUAAUGCAGAUGUUUGCAAACAAGAAGGUGUACGUGUUCUUUUAUGGCUUAGUGGGGUGUGUCAUGUCUUCCUCUUACGCCUACUUGAACGGAACCAUCACCACAAUUGAAAAACGGUUUAAAAUUCCAACCACAAAUACUGGCAUCAUUAUGGUGGGUUGUGACAUAAGUCAGCUGUUUCUGUGUCUAUUCCUCAACUACUACGGAGGCAAGGGCCACAGACCACGGUGGAUGGCAUUUGGAGUAUACACAGUUGUGGCGUUCUGUUUGAUGAACGCACUUCCACACUUCUUGUACGGUCCCGGAGAGAACGCACUCACACUUACAGAGGAAUAUGGAUCCCACCAUGAUGCCAAUACAACUGAAUUCCUCAUGGAUAAACAGAACCGCAAGUUGGUUUGCCAAAGUGACUCCCUUGGUCCGGAAUGUGAUGACAACUCAGGUAACCUGGCACCUCAAGCGAUACUCUUCCUGGCACAGCUGAUUAGUGGUGUUGGUGGUUCUCUGUACUACACUCUGGGAGUGUCUUACAUGGACGACAACAUCAAAAAGUCAAAGACCCCUGCACUUGUCAGUCUCUCCUACUUCUUGCGCAUGUUGGGUCCAGCUAUCGGCUACUCCUUAGCCUCCGCUUGUCUUACCACGUACAUCUCCCCUUCUCUCACCCCCACCAUCACUCCGUCCGACCCUCGCUGGCUGGGAGCGUGGUGGGCUGGUUGGUUGGUCAUUGGUGCAGCUCUGUUUAUUUCCGCUUCAAUACUCGCUUUAUUCCCCAAGUCUCUGCCACGGGCCGCAGCUCGGAGGAUACAGGCUUCCGAGCGUCGCAAAGCAGGCGUCACCGCAGACCCUGACGACAGUCCUGAGGAAACACACUCAUCAUUCAAAGAUAUGAAAAUUACAUUUCUCAGGCUCCUGAAAAACAAGACUUUGAUGUGCAACAAUUUUGCUUCUGUUUUCUACUUUAUGGGAUACAUGCCUUAUUGGAUCUUCAUGCCCAAGUACAUAGAGACCAUUUACAAACAGACUGCAUCCUUCGCUUCCUUUAUUACAGGUGCCAUUGGACUCGUGUGCUCAGCCCUGGGAAUAUUGUUUGCUGGUGCUUUCAUCUCCAAAGUGAGGCCAAGUGCAAGGUUCUUGGCUGCAUGGAACGUGGUUGUUGGAGCCAUCAGUGUAUUAGGCAUCAUCUCUUACGCCUUUCUGGGUUGUCCAGUCAAUGACCGUCAAGGGGCCAUCUUAGCUUCUGGACAAAUGGAAACAACAACACCUUGCAACGCAGACUGCAACUGUGAGUAUGUCAAGUAUUCCCCAGUUUGCUCUCCUGACGGAAGAACCUUUAUCUCUCCAUGUCACGCAGGCUGUAAGGACUAUGAAAUCACUGCCAAUGGGUCAAAGGUGUACACUAACUGUGCCUGUGUACCUCGACCUCCAAGACCUCUCAUGGACUCUGACUCCAACCUGACCCUUGACUCCCAGGAGGUCCUGGGUGGAGCCCUGGAGGACCCAGAGGAACCCUGGGUACUCACCGAGGGGCUCUGCCCUGUGGACUGCUCCUCACACUUCCUCAUAUUCCUGAUAGUCAUGUGUAUCCUGAAAUUCAGCGGAGGCACCGGUCGAACAUCAAAUUUCCUAGUUUCCGUCAGAUGUGUUGAUGAAAAGGACAAGACAGUAGCUAUGGGGCUGGGUUUAGCAUUUCUCAGCUUGUUUGCUUUCAUUCCUUCACCAAUCCUGUUUGGCUACUUCAUUGACUUGUGCUGCAUGGUGUGGGGCAAGACAUGCUCUGGUACCGGCAAUUGUUGGUUAUACAAUGCUGAGAUGUUGAGGUAUCUCAUGAACUUCACUGCUGCAGGUUUUGUCACGAUUGGAACAAUGUUUGAUUUUGGAGUCUGGUACUACGUCAAACACUUGAAGAUCUUUGAUGAGGAAGUUGAACUGGAAAUUGCACCCCAGAGACAGAAAACACAAAGAAAAUAACGUCUAAGAAAAAAUACUCUAACUAAACGGAUGUUGAAAUUGAACAAACAAUUGCUACCAUUACAAUAUGCAUACUUAAUGUGUUACAUUGUAGCUUAAAAAUAAAUUAAGUAUAAACAUCUAGAA